GGAUUAUAAAUGAUGAGCGGUAAGGAGAGAGCCCAGUGUCGACCAGUCCCUCACACAGGCUGCUUCCCCCUCCCUAAGCAAGAUCUCUUCGAGAACAUUCGACGACUGCAACGAAGAGUGUCAGCCUAAGAAAAGUUCGAGAACCACCCAGAUACAAAAGAUGGCCGCUGCAAUGGUGCUUAACGCUACGGGCCCUCAGGCUAUGGCGUACGGCUCAAGCGGAGGAUAUAAUUUCGGUUAUCCCGAGGGCGUAUCUCUCACUGAUUUCGUUCCCGAACAUAUUAAGCACAUGGUUCAUCCUCACUGGGAAAAGUUCCCUCCCGUCAACCCCAUGUGGCACUACCUUAUGGGGGUUGUCUACCUCUUCCUCGGCGCCAUCUCCCUGUUCGGCAACGGUAUGGUGUUGUUGCUAUUCAUGAAGAAUAAGAAUCUGAAGAGUCCAGCCAAUUUCCUCGUCGCCAACCUUGCCUUCAGCGACAUGUGCAUGAUGAUCUCACAGUUCCCAUUCUUCGCCUACAACUGCUUCAGCGGCGGUGUCUGGAUGUUCAGUCCAUUCUUCUGUGAAUUAUACGCCUGCCUGGGUUCCAUCACCGGUCUGUGCUCCAUCUGGUCUCUCGUGUUCAUCUCGUACGAUCGCUACAAUGUGAUCGUGAACGGCGUGGGCGGAAGCCCCUUGACCACCGGCAAGGCGUUCAUGUUCAUUCUCUUCUCCUGGACCUACGCAGUCGGCUGGUCCAUCCCUCCCUUCUUUGGCUGGGGAAAGUACAUCCCUGAGGGCAUCCUGGACUCUUGCUCCUUUGAUUACCUCACCCGGGACUGGAACCUUCGGUCCUUUGGCAUCUGCAUCUUCUUCUUCGACUAUUGCAUCCCUCUUUUCAUCAUUGUGUUCGCCUACAUGUUCAUCGUGAAGGCCAUCGUUGCUCACGAGAAGGCCAUGAGGGAUCAGGCCAAGAAGAUGAACGUCUCCAACCUCAGGUCCAACGCUGAGGCCAACGCCCAGUCCGCCGAGGUUCGCAUCGCCAAGGUGGCCAUGACGAACGUGGCUCUCUGGCUCAUCUGCUGGACGCCUUACGCCUCCGUUGUUGUGCAGGGUUUGUUCUUCGACAAGGAUAACAUCACGCCCAUCAUCUCCAUGCUCCCCGCCCUGCUGGCCAAGUCCGCCUCCGUCUACAACCCAAUCAUCUACGCCAUCAACCAUCCCAAAUUCCGCCUGGCCCUCAAGAAGCAGAUGCCCGGUUUCUGCAUCCAUGAGGAGGAGGAUAAGUCGUCCGGCGCUGACACCAAGUCCACGGAGACCCAGAAAGCGUAGAAAAAUGUACAUAAAUAUUUAUAAUUACCUACCUGAAGCAGCUUUACGACUCCGACUGGUCCCAUUUUUCCGCCCCCCGACGAACGACCCAUUUUCGACUAAGGAUAUAUGAGUAAUGAAAAAUCUAUAAACAAUAAGGACAAGACUUACGUGGAAUGGCUUGUGUCACGUCUACGAUUCCGAACGACCCGCGAUCGCGCACACCGUAACCCUUCGUAGAUAGUCUCCCAGCAAGUGAAAACAAAUAAAAAAAAGAAAUACAUGUGCGCCAACUA